UAAUGAAAACAUUGGCAACGUCGCUUUUUGUGACCGGCCAUGUUUAAAUUGAUAAUUUGACGUGCGACGUGAACAAGAGUAGAGUGGGCGCUUCCAUUUUACAAUUUUUAUAUUUUAUUCUUUGAAAAAGUAAUUUAUUAUUUGGGAGUCCACACCGAAAAUCAGUUUUCUGUUCUUAUCUAAAAUAUCAAGACAACUAAACCGUUUCGAAAGUAAAUAAUUUUAACAUGAGGGAUUCGCCAGAUUCUGCAACAAAAAGAAGCAGGAGCAGAAGCACUAAUAGUAGUGCCAGUAGAAAAAGUCGAAGCAGAAGUGCUUCUAGUGGCUCAAGGUCUCGUUCAAGAAGCCGUAGUAGUGAAAUCGAUGGAUUUAGAUUACACAUUGGCGAUAUUGGUGACGAGAUCAGAAGGUCUGAUUUGGAAAAAGUUUUUUCUGUGUAUGGCCCUCUUAGAGAAGUCUGGAUGACUAACAGUACCCCAUGUUUUGGAUUUGCCGUUUUUAAGGAGAAAAAAGCAGCUGCAGCCGCUUUAAAAGCUUGUGAUGGAAUUGAAGUAGCCGGCAGCCGCAUUCGUGUAACAUAUGCCAGACCAAGGACUCGUGGUUCUGGCAGAAGAUUAUAUAACAGUAAUAUGCGCUGUUAUCAAUGUGGUUACUCUGGUCAUUUCUACCGUGAUUGCCCAGAAGCUAAUGGAGGAGGAGAUAAAAGAGACCGUUACGGCCGCUCUAGAGGUUAUAGAGAACGUGAUUAUGACAGAGACGGUAGAAGAUCCAGCAGAAGCAGCAGAUACGAUGACAGAUCAAGACGCAGCGGAGGUGGUGGUAGUAGAUACAGAAGAUAAGUUAGUUUUAUGUUCAAUUUGUUUGAAAUAUCCAGGUAGUAUUUGAGUUUUGUUACAAUAAUUAUAUUUAGAAUUUUGUGUUUUGUGGAUAAAGUUUCUAAGAUUGUUAGGAAUAUAAGGUGUAUGAAAUUAUGUUAUUAAUUCUUUGUAAAAUGGUGUUUUAUGUUACAUGAGUACACAUAGUGAACUAUGUGGAGUUUAUUUGAUUUUAAUAUUUAGAACGUUUUUGAUAUACCUUGUAUUUUCCUACUAUUUCGUUACUUCAUCCACUGCUCAUAUACAAAUUAUAACACACUUCCUUAUUUUCGUGUUUUAGCAUAAAUAAAAUUAUAUAUCUUUAAAAUGUAUUUACAAUAAAAAAAUAUUCAGUAAAGGAUCUGUUCAAUUGUCUAACAUCUAAACCAGCAGGAAAGAAGAUCAAGUUGGAUGUGUUGAUGACUGAUGACCUAUGAUAGUACAAAUAAACCUCUGAUCAUGAUCAGACAACCAGUAAGAACUACUGCGAUGAUAGAUACCUUAUACAGAAUAAGUCAAAUAAAAACGGGGUAUACGCAGUUGAUACAAUGUAUCGGAACUAUAUUUGAAAUAGUCGACCAAUAUAAAAGUUCGACAGACAUAAAUCAUAGCGAUGUUAUGAUCGGCAUGUAUAAAAUAUUGUUCAACUACCUGUCUCCUUUUGGACUCAUGGCUCAUGGCCUCGCUCGUAAAAGGAGACAGGUAGUUAGAUACGAUAUUUUAUACAUGCCGAACUUUUAUAUUGGUCGACUAUUUCAAAUGUAGUUCAUAUACACCAUAUUAACUGCAUAUGUCCCGUUUUUAUUUGGUUUAUUCUGUAUGUAAUGCUGAUUAUACGAGUAUGUAGCCCUGAUUGUAUACUUUCGGUAAUUGUUCUAUUUUUUUACUUUAAGAAUUGUUUAGAUACAAGUCAUCCACACAUAGCGCUUAGCUAUGCAUGCUUCAAGACCUUUGUUCCUGAACGUAAUCCACUACAAUUUAGAAGAAAUUCUGGUUCAUAGAAGACAGCAGGUGUCUGAAAAUUUCCUGAAUACUAAGAUUAACAGAUCCUUCUUUGGCACUUAAAUACUUCUUCUAAAGAUCUAUUUUAUUCUUAACAAUGUAUAUGAGUAUCGAACUACAAUAUCUAGAAUUACUAAAAUAGGCAAGGAGCACAGCUGUCAUAUAUUUAAAACAGUAAUCAAAAAGUCUUUAAUGAUUUAUUUGUUCUUCGAAGUUAAUGCCAUAUGCAAUUUAAAAAUUAUAAUCGUUAAUGUGUAAAAGAUAUAAUCACAAAAUGGUUUAUUUAAAGAUACGAUAAUUUGAUAUCUAACUAAUUCUGUCGCAAGCAUACCUACUAUAUUGCUGGUAAUUUUCUUUAUUUAUACAGGGGUAGCCAGCUAGCAAAUUUGCAAAAAAUAUUAAUUUAUGUAUUUACAACAAGUGUUCAAAAUGUUGAAUUCAUCUUAAUACAUUUCAAAUAUCGUUUUUCGAUCAAAUUAAUAAUGUGAACAAGCAUCGUGAUAUCUAACUCCAUGGUUAUCCAAUGUUCGAGAUAGUCAACAUUUUCGAUCUUCGUGCAACUCUGUUCUUAAGUAUGUCCCAAAUUGAGAAAUCCAUAGGAGUAAUAUCUGGCGACCUUGAAGGCCACAGUUCGUGAAGGCGUUCAUCUGGCAAAGGAAACAGUAACUAACCAUGUCACCACGCUCUGACAAGGAGGGCUCAAUGUGGAGGGUAUAUAAUAUAUGAAUUAAAAGCCCUGAUGUAGUAAAAAAUCAACUAAAUGUGUCCAGUUAGCUAGACGUCAAAAUUGUAGGGUGUAACCAAUUGUAAUUAUAAUCGAAACAUGCACUAAAUGAAUUAUCAUUGUCAUUAUUAAAUUGUGUACGUGUCAUUAAGAGCAAUAUGUACUCAGGAUGUUAAUUAUAUAUUGACAGCUUUGCUGACGUGUUCCUGAUUAAUGAUUUCUUUAUAUAUUAAUAAUAUUCAUAUGUUUGUAUAAGUUGACGUCGUAACAUUAUCUAUCUACAUAUAAUAAUUAAUCAUAAGUUAAAAUUUUUCACAAAAUUUAUUUGUUUUUCUACAAAGUUUUGUUUAAAAAACUAUCCAAGUAGUUAAUAAAAUUAAUAAAAUACGGUGAGGUGACCGGGUCUUGCUUUUAUUUUCUGGUGUUCAGCCAGAAUUGUGCCCACCAUUGUUUUAUUGCUAUGAUUUACUUAAUCAAUGUCGCUAAAAACAGGGCGUGUGAAAAUCGAAGUCGUAUAGGGCCAAAUCUGGAGAAUACGGUGGAUUGGACAGCAGUUCGUAGCCAAAUUUUACCAUGUCGACGGCGGAGGUAUGAGCCGGUGCGUUGUCGUGGUAGAAGAGCACUUUUUUCUUCGCCAAACGAGGCAGUCCUUCCUGAAAUCUGGCCUCGAAUCGGUCCAAUAAUUCGGCAUAGUAGAGCCUUUUGUGCUUUUCCGGGAAGUCUAGGUAGAUUACACCUUGUGAAUCUCAAAAACAGUGGCCAUCACUUUUUCAACCGAUAGAAUAAUCUUUGCCUUCUUCGGAAUAAGUUCGGAGGGUGACCUCCACUAUUUCAACUCUUCCUUGUCUCUGGUGUGUACCAGUGGAUCCAUCGACAGUGACAAAACACCGUAGAAACUCCUUCGGAUUAUGCUUUAUCAUCCUCAAAUACUCCUCUGAAGUGGUCUUACGAUUGCGCUUGUUGUCCAGAGUGAGCAAAUGCGGCACCCAUCGACAGCUUACGAGAUGCCUAUAUUAUCUCAGCUAUCUGGCGCACCUUCAGUCGGCGGUCUGCCAAUACGAGAUCGUGGAUUUUUUUCAAAUUAAACUCUGUGGUAGCCCAUUUCGAGGUUAUCAAAAACCGACAUGCCACCACAUCGAAACUCAUUAAACCAAUUUUUGACUGUUGCCAUCGAAGAAGAAAAGUCACUGUAUACAUAGUGUGACCAACUAGCCAGAAAAAUCCGGGACAUGGCCCGAAUUACGAAGUCGUGUCCCGGCGUCCCGGACAAGGCUUCCGGGCCAUCCGAAUUUUCAACAUUUUGGUAAAAUUCUAUUUUGAAGUUUUGGAUACGUUAUUCUUCUAAUUCACAUAAAAUUGGUGGGACGAAAAAAAGUCAACAAUUUCUAGAAUUUAAUUCUAAUACCACAUCCAAAACGCAUGCAUUUUAUAUCGGUGGACGGUGGACUUUUUUUCGUUUCUGUAUUUUAAUUAUCCUCUUCUGAAAAAAAAAAUGGCCCGAUUUUCAUUGAAAAGUCCCGGAUUUCACGUAUUUUUUUUCAGCCUUGUCCCGGAUUCGACUGAAUUGGAGUUGGUCACACUAUGUAUACAGCAUCCAAGUGCUCUUUGAUUUCACUGUGCGAUUUCACUUCCAAAAACAAUAAUCGAAUCACCGGCAGAUAUUGCUCUAUUUCAUGUUUCUAAAAUCCCCAGACAAGCCCGCUUUGCAGAUACGCCGAAUAUAUUACAUGAUGAUUCUUCUAGCGAUUGCAGCGCCGUCGGGCGGUGAGGCUAAGUACUUAUGGGACCGCCUACGUAUUGAUCUACCUCUUAUCUUUGUUUUCUAAAUUGACAAUAUCAUCAUCGUUAUUUCUGUUACGGAUUUCCGACUUACUCGUAAGAAGGGAAAAUACAACCUAAUUAUGUCUGCUUUCAAAUCUUUUUCAGUUUUUAGGUAUAUAUUUUAGGUUAGGUUUUUCAAUUCAUGUACGAAGCACAUUUGGAGUACUUCUUUUGAAGAAGGAAAACGACAAUGCAAACUUGAAUAAAUCAACAUUACACAUUUGUGAUCUCACUUCCCGGCACUUAGAAAAACAAUGAAUUUUUAAGGAAACUUAAAAAAUGAACUCUAAUAUUUACACACGAUGAUCUACGGUAACCAGCAUUUAUAAUAAUUCACCAAUUUUCUCAAAAAAAAAUUAGAUUGAUUGUUCACUUGAUAAAAAUUUUUAGUGUAGUUAGUAUAAUUGUUCUUUUACAAUUUGUCACUUGGAAAUGUUCAUCAGGAUCACACACACAUAAAGGUGCGUAUUGACAAGAGCAUUUUCUUUCGAACGAACCAAACUUGUCGAACGGGCUGGGUGCGCAAAAACAAGUAAAUGCUCAGGUUUAGUCAAGUGUUCGUUCUGUUCGCCGCGUUCCUAUGUUCUGCUCAUUUUAUUUCAAUGUUUGUCCGACCACGGUAGCUGAGAAUCUAGAGUAUGCCCAUACCCACUGAGCGUCAACGAACAAAUGAUGAUCAUGGUCAAUGAACUUGAUUUUUUCAACGGUUACGGACACUUAUCCGAAAAUGAUCGUCUUGUUCGGUUCGGCAGAAUUUUGCUCGCGAACGCGUAUUUACUAAGCAAUGUGUUACAGUGCGGUUCGUUCGGAGAAAAAUGCUCAAGUCACUACGCACCUUAAUACAUAUAUUACUAUUUUGUUGUAUUUAGAAAAUUGCAGUCUUGUUUUUAAAAUGGUCUGUCGCAUGCUUUAUAUAAAAUUGAAUGUGUUAUUGAGUGUGAAGACAGCAGUUUUCUAACCAUAUAUCCAUUUGUCAUAUUUCUUUAUAGUUUAAAUAUACCCAAAAUAAUUAAUAAGUGUGGAAACGUUUUAUGACAUGAAAGAACCAAAUAAAAUGAAUUUCUACCUGUUAAA